AUGUCAACUGCUAUUCAAAAUAAACGCUCACGUAAAAGGCCUAGGAUUCAAACAGAUCCGGCGGAAGCUACCAAUACCACCGACUCUAAAAUGUCCCUAAAAGAAGCAGAAGAUGCAGCGAAAACCCCCAUUGCUGAAAAAUCUGGCGUCAUAUACCUUGGCCGCAUACCCCACGGUUUCUACGAGGAUGAGAUGCGCGCCUAUUUCUCACAGUUCGGAACAAUAGACCGCCUGAGGCUUUGCCGAAAUAAAGCAACUGGGAAAUCCAAACAUUACGCUUUCAUACAAUUCUCAUCAGUGGAGGUUGCGCGCAUUGUGGCUGAGACUAUGAACAACUAUCUGCUUUAUGGACAUAUAUUAAAAUGCAAGCUACUUGCGGAAUGCGAGUGUGAUGAGAAUAUGUGGAUUGGCGCGAAUAGGAAAUGGAAAGUUGCGCCGCUCGCCAAAAUACGCCGACUCAGGCACGAACGCAGGAGGCCCCCAGAGGUUUGGAACCAGCUUCAAAGGAAAGAAAACAGACGGAGGUUAAGCAAAGUUAAAAGAUGGGAGACGGCGGGCAUAUCUUAUUCCUUGGGAUGA